UUUCCGCGUGCGUUAAGACGCAACGUGCCCGGAAGGCGUGCCGUGUGCACUGCGUCUCCGCCGUCAAUGCAAACGAAGUAAGAGGCACCGAGAGUCAAACCUAAAAUCCGCAUUCAAGACAAGAUGGCAGGGUUGCCCCGCAGGAUCAUUAAGGAAACACAGCGUUUGUUGGCAGAGCCAGUGCCAGGUAUAAAGGCAGAGCCAGAUGAGGGGAACGCUCGCUACUUCCAUGUGGUCAUCGCCGGACCUCAAGACUCCCCAUUUGAGGGAGGAACUUUUAAACUUGAACUCUUUCUUCCUGAAGAAUAUCCCAUGGCAGCUCCGAAAGUACGCUUCAUGACCAAAAUAUAUCAUCCCAAUGUAGACAAGCUGGGAAGAAUAUGUCUAGAUAUUUUGAAAGAUAAGUGGUCUCCAGCCUUGCAGAUCCGCACAGUGCUGCUAUCAAUCCAGGCAUUACUAAGCGCUCCCAACCCUGAUGAUCCUCUAGCAAACGACGUUGCAGAACAGUGGAAGACUAAUGAAGCUCAAGCCAUAGAGACAGCCCGAACAUGGACCAGGCUUUAUGCCGGAAACAAUAUUGAAGUCUAGAAAUGUGUGUGGGGAGACAAAAAGAGAAAAAGGAAGUCAAGAGUGAACACAACUCCAUGUUCUGCCAAGACCUAUUCAUUUUCAUGUAAAGGACACAGUCUUAGGAACAAAAAAUUAUGAUAAACUGUAAAGAAUACAUUAACACAAAAGUAAAAAGAAAACUUCAGACAGUUUGUGAUUUAAAUGCACAUUAGUACAAAAAAAAUGUCUUUGUCCUGAUUCACUGCUGUUGAGAUGCAUGGGCAGAUGAUCUAUUCAUACGGCUUUCUUUAACAGUGGUUGGGGAGGUAGCCGCAGACUUCUGCUAUGAAGCGUGCAUUAAAACUGACUGUCAUUUGUCUGUCCCUUGUUUUCUUAGUUUGUGGGAGGGAGGUAACUUUUUAUAUUUCUUUUAACCUUUUUUUUCUUCUCAUUGCUCUGCGUUAAUGAGGAGCAGAAGACUAGUCCCUGUUUAGAGCACCCGUUCUGGCAAGCUGCAGACUUAGCCUGUUAGGAAACCUAGAAAAAAUGAAUACGUUCACACCAACGGAAAAGAGACGCAAGAUUUAAACCACAUGCAAACAGUAAUUUCACCUGGAAAUGGUUCAACUGGAAAGUCCUUCCACCAUCACAGAAACUGUUAAAGAUGUAAACCCUAAUUUAGACUUGAAUUGUGUUUUGGACUAUAAGCAAGUCAGAGCUAGAGUGAAGGGAGGUUUUGCAUAAUAUUUCUUUUAGUAUAACAGUUCUUGCCAUCACUGUACUAAUAGCACUCUUGAAACUCCAUCAUUGUGUGCUUUUUGUUUUCUUGUGUCCAUCACAGUCCAGUGCAUCGAGAUUCAUUUGUCUAUUUCUUCCCUUAUAAGCAUUUAUUUCGAUAUGCCAUGGCUGCAGGGGAACUGGAGGCGAAUGAUGAAUAGUGGGGUUUUAGCAAAGGGGUGAGGGGUGGGAAUGUUUGCAGAAGCAUUGCAAAAGAUCAAUAAAGGCUUCGUCUCAAUUUCCAA